CCUCAGAUCGCUGCUGACUAUCUCGGAGGGAGGACGUACAGAGAAACGCCGCUGACGGCACUGGAUUUUCAUACCUAAAGGAGGGAGGAAUGCUCAGGUGAUUCCCUCCCUGCUCUAUCCCACACCCCCUCACCUCCUGCGCUCGGACACCACCACCUUCGCUCCUCUCCAUCACUCCAGUUUCGGGACCUAAUCCAGACGCACGGCUGCUCCAGUAUUUUUAAUCCAUCUCAGAAUCUGCUGGUUUUUGAGUUGUCUUUUUUCUUUUACAUCUGCGCUCUGAUUUUUCAGCUUCACCCCCUGAACGUCCAGAAAAAGCAGAACAGUUAACUCCGGGUUUAUAGUCAGUGGAUGUGUGGGACAUCUGGUGAAAUAAGCAAUACCACUUAUAUGUUUUUUGGGAGGAGAAAUUCCUUGGAGACUCAAGAGAAUCGUUCUGUUUUAAGAUUGUAUGCAUUUGACACUGUCUGGCCAGGAGAGACCAGCAAAUUUAUAGAGGGAACCUGAAUCCCCCACGAUGACGGCACCCCUGUUGCAGAAACUCACACUUGCAGGUAAUUGUGUGCAGAGAACGUCACUCACCCAGCAACGACUGAUAAACUGAAGGCUCUUCAAAGACAGAAGAAGCAGCACAAGGGAGACGUAAAAAGUUGGGAGAAGACUGACAGUUAGGUUGCUCAUCAGUGAUGAGGAUCUGCAGCAGCAAGCUCCAUUGCAGCAAAUGAACAAGGAACCUCUUAAUCAACAUUUCACUCGGAAAAAACAAAUCAAGAGUUCACCUCAGUGGGAGCAGAGCUCCACUGAGAGGAAGCAGAAGUUGGAGAGAGUGAAGUACACAGUGCCUGUGGUUGGCCAAGAUGGCAGCGCUGAUAGCAAAGCGGCAGGGCUGUGGGCUGUUGAGGGCCCUCCUGGUGCUGCUGGGAAUUUCAGUGCUCUUUAGUGUUGCAUUAGGAACCAGAAAGGGGCAUGCUUCUCUGGACCACAGAAGUCAUAGACACAGAAAUCCAGGUCACUUAUCAUUGCAUAGGCACAGACAGAGGACAGGAAAGGAAGGCCAGGUACUACACCGGUCCAAACGAGGGUGGGUUUGGAAUCAGUUCUUUGUCAUUGAGGAAUACACCGGACCUGACCCGGUUCUGGUGGGGAGGCUCCACUCAGAUGUGGAUAAAGGCGAUGGUACCAUCAAAUAUAUCCUGUCCGGUGAAGGCGCAGGGACAAUAUUUGUCAUCGAUGACAAGACGGGCAAUAUUCAUGCCACAAAAACCCUGGACCGCGAGGAGCAGGCCCAGUACACCCUGACAGCACAGGCUGUGGCCCGAGACACCAAUGAGCCUCUGGAACCUCCAUCAGAAUUCAUAGUGAAAGUUCAGGAUAUCAACGAUAAUCCACCAGAGUUCCUCCAUGGACCAUACUACGCUAGGGUGCCGGAGAUGUCCAAUGUUGGUACGUCAGUGAUGCAGGUGACAGCUACAGAUGCUGAUGACCCCACCUAUGGCAACAGUGCCAGACUGGUGUACAGCAUUCUGCAAGGACAGCCGUACUUUUCUGUGGAACCUCAAACAGGGAUAAUCCGUACUGCCUUGCCGAACAUGGACCGUGAGGCGCGCCAGGAAUAUGAUGUUGUCAUCCAGGCCAAAGAUAUGGGUGGUCACAUGGGGGGGCUGUCAGGGACCACUGAGGUCAAAAUCACCCUCACAGAUGUUAAUGACAACCCUCCAAAUUUCCCACAGAGUGUGUAUUCCAUGUCGGUGUCAGAGGACAAGGUGCCAGGAGAGGAGGUGGGCCGCCUAAAGGCCAAAGACCCUGAUCUUGAAGACAACGGACUUGUAAACUAUCGCCUAAUAGACGGAGAUGGAAUAAGCAUGUUUGAACUGUCGACCAACUCGGAGACCAGAGAGGCUGUUAUCAAACUGAGGAAGCAAGUGGACUUUGAGACAAAGAGGUCCUACACUUUAAAGGUGGAGGGAUCCAACCCACACAUAGACCCUCGAUUUCUUGCUUGGGGACCUUACAAGGAUGAAGCCACAAUCAAGAUAUCGGUGGAAGAUGCAGAUGAGCCUCCUGUUUUCAUAGCCCCCACUUACACUUUUGAGGUGGAGGAGAAUGCGCCUCAAGGCACCCCGGUGGGACGAGUUCAUGCCAAGGACACUGAUGUUGCCAACAAUCCUGUCAGAUACAUGAUUCCUCGGUACACGGAUGUUGAUCACUUCUUUACCAUCUCAGAAGACGGAAUGAUCACCACAACCAGACCGCUGGACAGAGAAACACAACCCUGGCACAAUAUUUCUGUUUCAGCUAUAGAGAUCGGAGGUCACCACCAAGACACCAAAGUGCGAGUUAACAUCAAAGUGAAAGACGUGAAUGACAACUCCCCAGAGUUUGCCACCAACAACGAAGCCCUGAUGUGUGAAAACGUGGCACUGGGGAAGGUUAUUGAAACAGUCAGCGCAGUAGACAAAGACGAAAUGGGUCACAGGCAACACUUCACUUUCAGCCUUGCUCCUGAAGUCGCCCACAACCAAAACUUCUCACUCAAAGACAACAGAGACAGCACAGCCAGCAUCUACGUGCUCCGUAAAGGAUUCAGCCGUCUGACCCAGGAUGUCUACUACAUUCCUAUUGAAAUAAACGACAACGGCUUCCCUUCCAUGAGUAGCACCAACACCUUGACCAUCAGAGUCUGUUCCUGCGACAGCAAGGACACCAUCCUCUCGUGUAACGUGGAGCCAUACGUCCUGCCUGCUGGCCUCAGCACCGGCGCUCUUAUAGCAAUACUGGCCUGUAUUGUCAUUCUGCUCGCAAUCGUCGUGCUGUUUGUUGCACUGAGGCGUCAGAAGAAGGAGCCGCUGAUAGUGUUCGAAGAGGAGGACAUCAGAGAAAACAUUAUUACAUAUGAUGAUGAAGGAGGUGGCGAGGAGGACACGGAGGCCUUCGACAUUGCUACACUUCAGAACCCAGACGGUGCCAAUGGUUUCCUGCCAAGGAAAGAUAUUAAACCAGAACUUCAAUAUCCCAUCAGGCCCGGCAUUGGUCGUCCUGUGCCCAACAGUGUCAAUGUUGAUGACUUCAUUAAGACUCGGAUUGCGGAGGCUGACAGCGACCCCACAGCACCGCCCUAUGAUUCCAUUCAGAUCUACGGCUACGAGGGCAGAGGAUCAUUGGCUGGUUCACUGAGCUCGCUUGAGUCAGUCACAACAGAGUCCGACUUGGAUUAUGACUAUCUGCAAAGCUGGGGGCCCCGGUUUAGGAAGCUGGCAGAUUUGUACGGGACCAAAGACUGCUCUAUUCAUGAUGCUGAUGAUGGUGACGACUCUUAACAGAGGUCUUUCCAGCGGUGGACGACCCCUGAUUUCUGAUUCAUUGAUUCCGUGAGGAUGUGUUAACUGAGAGUUCAUUUACUCCAGAUUCCAGUUAUAACCGUCUACCAACUGAUUAGUUCAUGCCAAUCUGUCAACGAACAUUAACAGCUCCCCCCUUCUUGGUAUUCUCGGAUGGUUUGUAAACUGCGCAUAAUGAAUGCUCAGAUUUGAACUGCUCCUUUUUUUCUUAAAUCUCUUCUGCCUCUUCUAGGUUCUUGUUUUCCACUAUUUCUAUAGACUUGAGCUUUGCAAGGCUGGGAGUUUGGUUAUGUCACCAGUUUGUCUGCUUGAGGGAAAUUUGAUGGGAACCGUGUUACUGUAUCAUCUUGCAUAUAGCAUAUACUUCUGUGGACUAGAUUCAUGUACUUCCUUAAUCGUCGCAGGGAGAUAUUUUAUUCCCUUAACAGUGGGGCAAACUCCAUUGUGUUUCUCUGUCUUAGCAAACAAUGAAGAGCAAGUAAAAGAAGGGUGAUCGGGGGUCUGGCAGCAGCCUGCAAUGAGAUGAAAUCUGAAGAAGUUUCAGUGAAGUUUAACAUACCGUUUACUCCACAGCAUGUACCACAAAUUAGAUGAGUUGACCGACUCUGGGUUGUUGAUACUCUGAAGAUGAGCAGAGCAUCUUCACAGUAUGGUGGCCUUAUAAUAAUUCAACAACAACUCCAGGGGUUAACACACACAAAACAAAGGCUGAAGAUAGAGACCACUAGCUUCAGUAGCUACACAAAGACAAAAUAAACAUGUGGACUGUAGGAGUAUCUGUGACAGUGCUUCACAAAUAUCACUUUUUUUCUACUCACAGAGACAGACUGAAAAACAAUUCCAUUUGGAAGAUGUGGAUUUUUUCGUUGUUAUUUUCAGUCUUGCAGAGACCUUUUCCACAGUCCUUGUGUGUCCGAACUCCUGCCAUCAGCAAUCAAUUUCCAUACUGACCUGAGUCGACCAACGAAUGAUCGCUGCCAUGUUCCCAGUCCACCAAUGAUGACGAUAGGUAAAAAUCUGUGAGCUCUAAAAAUCGCCUUAAACUUAAACAGAAACUCUUGCAACCUAGUGCAUUCUCUCUUUUUUCCUUUGUGUUAGUUUUUUUUUUUUUUUUUCUUUUUUUUUUGUCACAUGAAGAGUAUAUUCAGAAAGCAAACUCUUCUGCUUUUUUAGUGUGUACAGAGCAAAGUGAUGUAUCACUCUGAGGAUACAACCUUAAACAAGGAUGUGCUUCUGUUUUUGUUUUUUAUCCCAGCAAAGUAAAUGUAAACUGGUGAAACCUGCCUUGUGACACCCCCCCCCCCCCCCCCCCCCCCCCCCCCCCCCCUCCUCCCAUCCCAUAUAUAGGGGCUCUUGAAAGUGUACACACCCAGGAUAAAAUGUCAUGUAUUUGUGAUGUAAAAAACUGAAACCACAAAGAUUUAUUUCAAAACUUAAUCCAAAUAUGCACUGUUAACCCAACUAAAUAAAAAAGCUGUCAAUAAAUGUGUACAACCUUAAGUUUAUAACCACUCUUAAAUCAACACUACCAUUUAGACUUCUUUGGUAGAAUCAUGUCAGGAUGCUACAUCUUGUCUUGACAAUAUUUUCCCUCUCUACUUUGGAAAACUUUUCCAAAUCUCUCAAAUUCCAAGAACAUCUCUUGUCUACAGAGAUCUUCAGGGGGACUCCAUAGAUUUAAUGUUGAAUUUAUACAGAAUGUGAAUAUUGGUAUUUAGAACUGUUACAUUUCAUUCACCUGGAGACAAAUCUCACUUCUAUCAGAACAAAAGUAACUCCUCAGCAUGAUGCUGCCACCACCAUGUUUAUGGUGGGUGUGGUUUUGUUUUGUUCCACACAAAGAAUUUGGAAUUGUGGCCCAAAAAUUAGGAUUUGGUUUUAUCACACAGCAGGGGAGAUUUUAGCCAGGUCUCUAUGUUUUCUUAGGAAGAAAAUAAUUCUGUCUUGAAACCUUAGCCCUUAGUCCAGACACACAGAGAAAACAGCAGACUGUUGUCACAUGUAGAACACAACCAGUACAUGCAAUUCCUGCAUCUCCUUUAGUGUUUAUGAUGUGUUUUUGGCAUUCUUGCUGAAUAGUUUUAAACUUUUUAUAAAUUUUUGAGAAAUUUUCCAGUUAAGGUAAUGUCCUUCUGGUACCAUAUGUUCUCCAGAUCCUUUUGAUCCUAUUUAUCAAAGUCUUAUUUUGUACAUCCCAGAAACUUGGCAGUUUAACGGGUGUGUAUACAUUUCAGAGCAGUAGUAUGUUGCCUGCAACAUAUGUUGCAUCAACAUAUGUUGAUUUUACACAUAAAAUGUGCACAUGGGCGAAGAAAACUCAGAAAGGUUGCAACCAGAACAUCUUUUUUAAGCAUGUGUUUUUGUUCAACUUCUUUUUAAUGUUGUUAUAUUAUGAUUAUUAUUGUUGUUUUCUAUUAUUAUUGUUAUCAUUAUUAUCACAGUAAGUGUUCUUUCAUUGGCUGCAACUACAAAGGAACAAACUGAUGUUUAACUAUAUGCAGAUGACUCCUGAGUUUCUUUCUGUUUUAUGAACAUGCACCGAAUAAAUGGUAAUUGUUUUUCUUUUUUUUUGGAAAGCUGUAGGAAAUGCCCUGUCUAAAGUUAAAUAUCAGCUUUGAUUUUUUUUUUGCCUUUGUGCACACUAUGUAUUUCCCUCUCUUAUUUUGCUUCUAUUUUUUGUUCCAUUAUAUAGCAUUUCUUCGUUCCUUCUACCUGUUCCUGAGAAAAAAAACUAGCAAUCUGUGUUUGUUGCAGUGACAGAACGCCUCGUUUUUAAUUCUCUAUCAAGUUUUAUGGUACAGAUUUGUACAAUUUUAAAAGUUAUUAUUUUAGUAUACAUGCAGAAUAUUCCAGUAUUACAACAAAAACAUGUUAAGAUUUUAAAAAGUUACAACAUCACACUUAUAUUUUCAGAACAUUGUAUUGUUGCUUUACUAUGUGCUUCAAUCUCAGAAGCAGAAAAAAAAUUUAAAUAAAUGCUCUUUUUAUAAAAUUUU